AUUCUUACGUCCGACAGUGUCCACUCGAAGUCCUUCUUGCUUUUCUUGCCACUAUCGUACUGCCUGCAUCGAUUUCAUGGGUUCCUUGUGUUCGAAGUCUUCGACACAUUCGGGCGGACACACCGUACUUGACUCGAGCGCACCCUCAUAUAACCGCCGUCAACCGGCUGCCAAACCUGUGGCUCCUCCUCCAAAUAAUCGACGAGGGCAGAAGAGGGGCCAGCCACUGGACUCAUCUGGGGCUGCUCCAGCAAAGGAUCCUCGAGCCGCUGCUGCAGAAGCAGCAGAGCAAAGACUCAAAGCCGCACAAUCGCGAGGUACGAACGCUUCGAAUCCGAAUCGCGGACGAUUGGCUGCCCAAGUCGAAGCGAACAAUAAGGCAGGUAAACUCCCAGAGCCGCAACAGGAGGAAAGGCUCGUGUGGGAUUGAAUUCAGACUUCUUGCGGGUUUGGUCGAUCGGUGUGCUCGGACUUACCGUUUUGUAUGGUUGCCGUCAGGGUGUUCCUGCUGUGUGUCGAGAGUGUGCUAUAAACAUGAUGCAUCUCGUUCACGGUAUACCUGUGCGCGUGGGGGUGUGUGUUGACUGCGUUGUGAUUCGAAGACUGGAAGAGGAGGUCGCCGCUGCUGGGUUAUCGAGCGGAA